AUGCCGCGGCCGGUCACCAAUCAGCCUUCCGCAGGCUCCACCCUCGCGGAUCCAGCCGUCAUCUGGGUUUCUCGGCAUCUUGAGGCCAUCCCCACGAUUUGUGAUCGUCUUGACCCGGUCUGUUCGCAAUGCAAGCGAGCAGGGAAACCAUGUGGUGGCUAUCGCGACGUCCCGUCAUUAUUGUUCCGUGAUGAGAAUGACAAGACGGCUCGUCGGUCUGCGGCGGCAAAGGCUAAAUCAGAAACCCGGCGCAAGCUGUUGGAUAGCUCAGACAGCUCAGAUGAAGGCCCGGGAAACCCCACCCACAGGUCGAACUUGUCUCGAUGGACCCAUGUAACCCAGCCAGACAGUACUCGGAUGGUUAUGGUCCCCACAUUGCCGGCCGUAGUUCUUUCAACUUUGGAGGAACAGGGAUUGAGAUUCUUCUUCAACCGGUUUGUAAGUGCGGUCUCCGGCAUGGCGGGGGAUCUUCCUUCUGAACUGGAGACCUCGCCUUUCCUAAAGGCCAUUCUUGUGCAGUCGCCCCUGCGUGAUGCAACCAUCUCGGUUGGACUAGCCGCCAUGUCCAACGUCAGUCAGGACCGAGCGCUAUCACUAGCGGCGCGGGAGAAAUAUGUGGCGGCCAUUAACGUCGUUCAGAAGGCGGUUCAGAACCCUGACCAGGCGAAUGCGAAUCAGACGUUUCAUAUAAUUUUGAUGUUGAGUAUGUACGAAAUGGUCUGUUGCGCGCCCAAUGAAAUCGACUCAUGGACAGUUCAUCUAGAUGGGGUGGCGGCACUAGUCAAACAGGCUAGCUUCAGCGAUGCGCUGAGAAACACCAACCCGCGCCCACAGCUGCAGUAUUACUUCAUUUCAAUCAUCAGAUAUUUCCUCGUCCAGGGAGUCAUGCCUUCGGAGCUGGUUGAUUGGUCCCCUGAUCAGGUUCCUGGUACCCAGCCAGAUCAGAUCUCUACAGUCCGCCUGGUCGAUAUUCUCAUUCGCUUCAUGAAGCUACACUCGUCUAUUCGGGAACACCCGGACCCCGAUCCAAGGAUAACCGCAAGCUCUGCUCUGCUUUGCGACGCAGAGCUGGAGGCUUGGGAAAGUCAACUUCCAAAAAAAUGGAAGUUCACUUUGAAGAAGUCGAAUGACUUCCAACACACGUUUAAUGGAACGUACAUGGUCUAUAACGAUGUGUGGGCAUCGAGAGACCUCAAUCACUAUUUCUGGGCACGAUUAAUGGUGAAUGAGAUGAUUGUUCAUCAUAUAACAAGGUUAGACCCACCGACGGUGGACAAUAUUUAUCAGCGACAAAGAGCGCUGGAGACCAUUUCACUGAUGGCGACAUACAUUUGUGCCGGUGCGGCGACUCAAAUGGGAGCCUUUGGGUGUGGGCUUCCAUCUGCGGGGCUCAAACAAUUGCCACCACUGAAUGGCGUGUUCAUGCUGAUGUUUCCUUUGGCAGUUGCAGGAGGAGCUGCUGGAGCCGGUGACGAAGUCCCUGAGUGGGUACACGAUACACUUCGGAAAAUUGGGAGAACGAUGGGCAUUCGACGAGCUUUGGAGAUGAUUCCCACACUGAAGCAAGUACGUGAGCGUAAAAUGAGAGAAUUAGGCAUAGUCAAAUGA